AUGCGCGCAUUCAACCUCCUGGCCUUGUUGCCCGCCGUCCUUGCGAAUCCCGUGAUCCACAAGCGUACCACAGCAUGCAACAACUCGCCCGACCUUUGCUCCAAGACUUAUGGCGAAAUCACACAUCUCGGCGCUCACGAUAGUCCAUUCUUACGUGACUCAAGUACUAGUAACUCGGUCGCUGGUGACCAGUACUACGACACCAAAACACAGUUGUCAGCUGGUGUUCGACUAGUAACAGCUCAAGUCCACAAGAGCAAUUCCGAAUGGCGAUUAUGUCAUACUUCCUGCAACAUUCUAGAUGCGGGUUUGCUGAGCGACUGGCUGGGGGACAUCAAGAGUUGGCUGGAUGACAACCCCAAUGAAGUCGUCACAAUCCUUCUCGUCAACUCCGAUAGCGCAACUGCCUCCGAACUCAACACCCAGUUCACAACAGCAAACAUUACAGACUACGCCUACGAGCCGACCUCGCAAAGCUCCGCCCCAAGCACCUGGCCAACCCUCCAAACAAUGAUCGACGAUGGCAAGCGGCUAGUCACCUUCAUCUCCUCUGUCGACGCUAGUACCAGCUACCCAUACCUAAUGGACGAGUGGACCUACGUCUGGGAGAACCCCUACGACGUGACCUCCGCUUCAAACUUCAGCUGCCAACCCGACCGACCAUCCACAUACUCGGGCAACCUAGACUCCGCACUCUCAUCUAAUCUUCUCCCACUCAUGAACCACUUCCUAUACUCCGACGACCUGUCCGCAUUCGACAUCGAGUACCCCAACGCCAGUUACGUUGCUACGACCAACGCGCCUUCUGGUGGAACCGGUAACUUGGGUACCGCAGCGUCGGAUUGCAAGUCUGCAUGGAACGGUCGCCAGCCGACAUUCAUCAUGGUUGAUUUCUUCAACCAGGGUCCAGCGAUCGAUACCGUCGACAGCUUGAACAAUGUUACCAACGCUGUUGGUCGCACAUCUGUUUCGACUUCGGCAUCUAGCUCUACCAGUGAUGCCUCUUCUUCGAGCAACGCUUUCAAGGCGUUACUUGAGUUGGCCCAGUCGGCCAAGACUGGGACUACAGUCUCCAUGGGUAAUUGGAUCUGGGUUGGUGGCAAUUGGGGCAAUCUCCUUGGUGGAGGUAUCUCCUUCUAA